AAUGAAAUCACCACCAAAAGAAAGAGCUCGACGAGAGGAAUCCAACGGUAGUUAAACCAUCGAAUUCUGACCACCGGAGAGAGUUAUGACUACGGGAAGCAAUUUCGCUGGUUGAAGAUCUAUGGGGCGGGAUUUGAAUCUGAGAUUUGAGAGAGGAAGAGAGAGACGACUAUUCAGCCGUCGCCACCGCCGCCACCAUCUCCGAUUCCACAGCGUCGUCGCCACUACAACAUCAGAACCGUGCGACAAAUCUGGUUGUAGAUUCCUCUCUAUCGUCAUCGCUCGUCUCCGAUGCCGGAUCUGUGAUCCCGCCGCCGCUACAAUUCUCGAUGAUCUGGAGAGGCAGUACGACUUCAUCGACAGUAGAUCAAUUAUCUCUGCGCCAACUACAAAAUCAAGGGGAGGAAAUUCGGACCUUUCAUAAAGAGAAUAUGGGAUUCGAGGCAGAAGCUUUUUGCAGAGUUUAUUCAUUUUGUGGUGGUUCAAUUAAUUUUUUUCUUAGUUGAAGGAUUUUUGCCCAUG